AUGGACCCGAAGAUGUCAUCCUAAAGCCAUCGGCACCUUCGGAGUAUGUCCCGUCCAAGUCAAAUUUCACCCUGACAUGCUCGGCCUCUUCCAACCCCUCUGCCACCUUCACCUGGUUUCACAACGAGAAGCAAAUAACUGGCACUGAUCCAGUCCUCACCCUGAAAGCCAUCGAGGAGCAGGGAUAUGGGAAGACGGCGGGCAACUACAAGUGCGUCGCUCAAAAUGCCAAGACCAAACGUGCCGUCUCUUCCGCUCCCAUCAAAUUCUCAGUGAUGGAGCCCAUUUCUGGUAUUAAGAUCACUGGUCCAAGUGGUACCCUCCUUGCCGACAACAGCAGCGCCAGCCUCAGCUGCCAGGCAGAAGCGGGCAACGUGACGAGCAUAGUAUGGCUGAAGGAUGGUAAAACCCUCUCCAACACCUCCCAUGUCAUCUUCUCCAGUGACAGUAGCUCAAUAUCUAUCACGACGCUGAAGAAGGAGGACAAUGGAAUGUAUAAGUGUCAGCUCAGCAACUCUGUCAGCCAACUGCAAGCUCAAUACUCGAUGGUGGUUAAUUAUGGUCCUGACUCAGCAGAGGUAAAGGCUGUCUCUCAAGUGGAGGUGGACAAACCGGUGACGGUCACUUGUGCUGUCCUUUCUGUCCCUCCCGCCAACAUUACUUGGAUGCUGAAUGGCUCAGUGAUCCCUGGUCAAGCAAAAAAGGACUUGGUCAUUGAAAAGGCCACAUACAAAGACUCAGGAUCCUACACAUGUGAGGCAAAAAACUCUAUAACUGGCAAGACCAUCACAUCCUCCCCUGUCGUUGUCACUGUCAAAGAAGAGAUAGAUGAGGGUCUUUCAGAUGGAGCCAUCGCCGGCAUUGUCAUCGCAUGCCUUGUUGCAGUUGGAGUUGCCAUCGCGUUGUUCUUCUACUGCAGAGCGAAAGUACCGUGUCGAUCUAAGUCAGCACACAGCUAUGAUGUGGAGAAUAGUGUGUCGUCACCAUACUAAAGAUGUCCCUCUGCUGGCCGAUGAUACCCUCAUGUAGCUGGGAGGAGCGCCUAGUGGAUCCUGCUGGCUUCCUAUGAACAACUCGUCCAACCAGCCUCUCUGCUUUGCCUCUCUCCUUCUCCCUCUCUCUGACGGACAAGGAUUAUGGAAAUUUGGUUUUACUGGAACCCAAGAUCGUGUUAAGAUUUGGAUUACAGAACUUUUAAUUUUACUGCAACUAUUUUCAACUUCAUUUUUAUUUUUUUCACUAGUAACCUGACCCACCUUUCUGGAUCGGUUCUUUCUUUGUCCUUCAACAUGUUAAGAGGCUUCCUCCCUUGGCUUAUGUCUGCCCUCCUGUUUUCUUUUUUUGGGGGGGAACACCGAAAUUUCUGCUGUGGAGAUGCUUCCUUGUCUAAACUGCAUGGACUGACGAUUGCAAUGAGUUACUGUUUUUAUCGUACUGGUUGCAUGGCUGAUCACAACCACGGAAGCCACACAGGCAGAACUUUCGGCAGUCUAGCAAAAAAAAAAGUUGCAAGAAAAACUGUUAUGGUUUGCUUUAUCUCACUGCCUGUUCCAGCCGGGUAGAGUUACCCAGAUAAGAACUCUUCAAACACAGUGGAGAGUUUUAAAGUUGAACAUAUUUCUCUGCACUCCAGAGUUUUUAAACACAAUACUUCAGUUUGUUUGGUGCUCAACAAAGCAGAAGAAGUUUUCAGCCACACCUGCUGAGUCAACCUUUUAUUUAUUUAUACUAUGCUGAGGUCACUGCAGUCAGUAUCUCUUCAUCAACCUGACAUCUUUGCUUAGCAGUACUUAAAAAAAAAAAAACACUACUGUUGUAUUUACCGAAAUUGCCCAUGUCCCAUUUAUAGUAGUGGUGCAACAUUAUUCUUUAAAAUAAUAUGUAUAUAUUUGUUACCGUAGUUUUCAAAAUCCCCAGCGUGUGUAAAAUAAAAGAACACAUAUCCAAAAAUUCUCCAUUUUGCAGGCAGAUGUUCACUCCAUGACAUGAAUGGAGUUCAACAGAAGCAACAAAUUCUCCUCCAUGAAGACAGUAAUUGCUUUCUAUGCAACUCUUUUCAAAGUUACCAAGUCAUUAACCCAUGAUGAUAAAGACUGCUUCAGAAGGAAGAAUACCCUUCCUAUUUAGAAAGUAUAUCAGAAAAAAAUGUGUUGAGAUGAGUGUUUCUGCAGUUUUAGGGCUUGAAUAAUGCGACAUCUUGUUUUUGUGCCACCUCAUUCGACAUUUUAAUCCUUUGCAAACCCUGCUUACCCUAUGCACUGGUACUGCGCAUACCAUGAUCACCAAUGUUAAAGCAGAUUUGCAAUUCAUAUACACAGUUUCCUCAAACAAGUGUUACCCUGUAACCUUAGCUGGUUCCCUUGCAGCCAUCAAUCCUGUACUUUUACAUACCGUUCUCUGCAGCUCAGGAUCCCCCACCCCAGGAUUCAUCCUGUCAUUUUAGAGAGAACAGACAGAGGAGGAGGGAAGGGUUAAAUACGGUGCAGACAGGACUCAACAGGCAGGGCCACUUAAAAGGUUUGAAGGAAGACGGGAGGAAAAAAGUGAGCGGGAAGCUGUUUUGCCUCUCUCAAAUUCGUCAAGAAUUGGAGGGAAAGUUUGAUGAGCUGUCAGUGUGCUGCUCUUUUUUUUCUAACCACAACUGAAAAGAAGUUUUAAGCAAAAUUAUAGUUUUUAAUAGUUUCAUUGUUAAAUUACGAUAUUUGUGGUAUUUUUGAAGUUCAGCAUUUAGCUGUUUCUUCAUGAGUAUUUUGUCCACAGGCUUUGUCAUUUCUGACUUUCUGUGGUUGAUGGUUUUGUUUGAUCUCGGACUUCAACCUGCACUGAUCUCCAGUAAGAAAAGUAUUUAUUUUGUUAAGUCUAAGAAAAAAAAUCUUUGGAAUAACUAGCUGUAGAUCAUAGCUUGUAAGUAGAUCACAUAUGCAGAAAAUCAUUGUUGUUUAUGUGGGUUAUAUUUCAGUUUGAGUUCUUAGUGAAGACAUAAAUGACCACAGGUCAGUUUGCCCCUUCACAAAUUAGUACCCCUGUUUUGUAUACAAACUUUAUUUCCAAAUUUCUGCGAAUUCCAUUCUGUAUUAGUUUAUUUAUUUUGGUAGUUUAGUAAUUUAUUAAAAUUUCCAAGUAAAUAUUUAAUUUUGGCAAUGAAUUAGUCAUGGAACCCUAACAAUGGGCGUGGUGGACAAACCCAGGGCUGAAUGUUGGAAGAUCUGGGUCCCCUGCUAGUUUUAGUACCCUACUCAGGCAAAUUUUAUUCCCAACGGCCAUUUAUAGUAGAUUCUAAGUUGAAUACAUAUCACCUUCAGAUAUUUUUCGUCUUGGCCAAACAGUUAUUUUUUUUCUAAAACAAUCUUUGUAUUUGUCAUUUUUCCUUAUAAACAGCAUACUUUCUAGAAAUGUCUUUAUCCAUACAAAAACUUAAUAAUCAGAGGUUGGUAUGGGAAAUUACUAAACAGCUAGUCUAUUGAAUAUAUUACACAAAAACCCAACAAAUGAAAACAUGCCUCUGUGACUUUUAACGUAUCCAUUCAUAGCAAAAAAAAAAAAAAAAAAAAAGUUUUAUUGUCCAAGUCCUUCCCAGGGCAGGUACAAAUUGCUGUAUGGUGGGUACAAAAUAUCCUGUGGCAAGAGGUUCCUUUCCAUACCUUAACAGUCAAAUACAAAACCUAUAAGUAUGAGGAGACCAAAAGCAACAGUUUGAAAUAGCCAGCACAGACUCAAACUGAGUAUUGACAAGUUUAAAACAUAUUUAUGGUUUGGGUUUAUGAUAGAAUAUAGACAAGAAUGUAUUAAUUACAACAUGUAAAUAUGACAGUUGUUGCCCUGCCCUCAUUGUAUAUAAGAGAUGUUGUAUUCGCUGUACACAGAUUUUGUGCCUUUUUUUUCCCUUUUGGAUUAUGUAUGUGGGGUUUUAAUUUCUUGUUACUGUUUAAUAUUUUUCAUAAAUGUUUUGUUGAUGUUUACAGAAGCGUUUUUGUCUUUUUUUUUAUUCUGUACAAACCACUAACAGUUAAAAUAAAAUGUACUAGGUCAUAAAUCAUGUUCUUUGUAAAAGCCAUAAAGUUUUUAGAAAUAU